CCGGUAGACAGAGCCCGCUCCCGCCAGGAGGCGGCCGAGCGCCAACUCUACGGUACUGCGCCUGCGCCUAGAACGCCAACGCGCCCUCUCUACGCUUGCGCGGCAGUUUUGGGCCGACUGGAGCUGGAAAAUGGCGGCGUCCGUAGUCUGCCGGGCCGCUAGCACCGGGGCACAAGUGCUCCUGCGCACUAGCCGCUCGCCGGCCCUGCUGCGGACGCCAGCCUUGCGGAGUACGGCAACCUUCGCUCAGGCGCUCCAGUUUGUGCCGGAGACUCAGGUUAGCAAACUGGACAACGGCCUGCGUGUGGCCUCGGAGCAGUCCUCCCAGCCCACUUGCACGGUGGGAGUGUGGAUUGAUGUUGGCAGCCGUUUUGAGACUGAGAAGAACAAUGGGGCAGGCUACUUUGUGGAGCAUCUGGCUUUCAAGGGAACAAAGAAUCGGCCUGGCAGUACCCUGGAGAAGGAGGUGGAGAGCAUAGGGGCCCAUCUUAAUGCCUACAGCACCCGAGAGCACACAGCUUACUACAUCAAGGCGCUGUCCAAGGAUCUGCCAAAAGUUGUGGAGAUCCUGGGUGACAUUGUGCAGAACUGUAGCCUGGAAGACUCACAGAUCGAGAAGGAACGUGAUGUGAUCCUGCGGGAGAUGCAGGAGAAUGAUGCCUCUAUGCGAGACGUGGUCUUUGACUACCUGCAUGCCACAGCAUUCCAGGGCACGUCUCUAGCCCAGGCUGUGGAGGGGACCAGUGAGAAUGUCAGGAAGCUGUCUCGUGCAGACUUGACUGAGUACCUCAGCAGGCAUUACAAGGCCCCUCGAAUGGUGCUGGCAGCUGCGGGAGGAGUGGAGCACCAGCAGCUGUUAGACCUUGCUCAGAAGCACCUUGGUGACAUCUCUUGGCAGUACCCAGAGGAUGCUGUGCCUGCUUUUACUCCAUGCCGCUUCACUGGCAGUGAGAUCCGCCACCGUGAUGAUGCUCUACCUUUAGCCCACGUGGCCAUUGCAGUAGAGGGUCCUGGCUGGGCCAACCCGGACAAUGUGGCCUUGCAAGUGGCCAAUGCCAUCAUCGGCCACUAUGACUGCACUUAUGGUGGUGGCGCGGUGAGUGCCAGAGCAAGCAUGGGACCUCGCCUUCAGGGAAGAAAGCACCUGUCCAGCCCACUGGCUUCAAUCGUUGCGGCCAAGAAGCUGUGCCAGAGUUUCCAGACCUUCAACAUCUGCUAUGCAGAAACGGGCUUGCUGGGUGCACACUUUGUCUGUGACCGAAUGAAAAUCGAUGACAUGAUCUAUGUGCUGCAAGGCCAGUGGAUGCGCCUGUGUACCAGUACCACGGAGAGUGCGGUGGCUCGGGGCAAAAACAUCCUCAGAAAUGCCCUGGUAUCUCAGCUAGACGGCACUACUCCCGUGUGUGAGGACAUUGGACGCAGCCUCCUGACCUAUGGCCGCCGCAUUCCCCUGGCUGAAUGGGAAAGCCGGAUUUCGGAGGUAGAUGCCAGUGUGGUGCGUGAGAUCUGUUCCAAGUACUUCUAUGACCAGUGCCCAGCAGUGGCUGGAUAUGGCCCCAUCGAGCAGCUCACAGACUACAACCGGAUCCGUAGUGGCAUGUUCUGGCUGCGCUUCUAGGCAGGAAGCCUGUGUAAGCAAGAGGGUGGGGUUGGGGCUCGUGGUCCCCCCACCACAAAUAGCACUCUGGCUCCUCCAACCUGUGCCACAGAUGACCACCAAUAAAGUCCUCUGCUGAGAAA